AUACCACGUUUCUUUCUCACCAGUAUUUAGGGCCUUCUGUUCCUCCAUAGUGCUUUUUCUCUUAACAUCUCUCCAACUUUCAGGUUUACAAUUUCUUCUUCUUCUUCUUUUUUUCAAUUUUCCUCACUCAAUCUUUACCUUUCUUCCUAACUUCUUUUAGCUUUAUAUUAAGCUUUUCUGUUAUCUCUUAGCAGUAGUUCGCUUUCCAUUUGAACUCUUUUUUCAUGCUUUUUUGUUUUCCUUCAAUCUUUAUAUUAAGGUUCCUUGAAUAUAGAGAAUUAGAGCUGUUUGGUCAAUACCCAUUUGAUAUAUAGAGCUUGGAAGGAUUUGGGUAUUCAAAUCUCUCUCUCUCUAUAUAGCCUUUUUUUUUUUUUUCCCUUGUGAACCAAUUUGUGAAAAGGUUUUAAAAUCAGGGUUUUAGCAAUGGAAAACAUUUCUGGUCUUAUUAAGGAAGAUGAUCAGAUGGAUUUGCCACCUGGAUUUAGAUUCCACCCUACCGAUGAAGAGCUAAUUUCUCACUAUCUUUAUAAAAAGGUUCUUGACAUCAAUUUCUCAUCUAGAGCUAUUGGAGAUGUGGAUUUGAACAAGUCUGAACCCUGGGAAUUGCCAUGGAAAGCAAAAAUGGGAGAGAAAGAAUGGUACUUUUUUUGUGUAAGAGACAGAAAGUACCCAACUGGUUUGAGGACAAACAGAGCUACUGAAGCUGGCUACUGGAAAGCCACAGGAAAAGAUAAAGAGAUCUACAGAGGAAAAUCACUUGUUGGAAUGAAAAAGACUCUUGUUUUCUAUAAGGGUAGAGCCCCAAAAGGAGAGAAAACUAACUGGGUUAUGCAUGAAUACAGAUUAGAGGGUAAAUUCUCUGUCCACAACCUGCCCAAAACUGCAAAGAAUGAAUGGGUCAUUUGCAGGGUAUUUCAAAAGAGUUCUGGUGGGAAAAAGACCCAUAUUUCAGGAUUAGUGAGAUUAGGCUCUUUUGGUAAUGAAUUGGGUAAUUCUGGAUUACCACCAUUAAUGGAUUCUUCACCCUACAGUGUCAAGACUAGUAAACCAGUAGCUGAAUCGGCUUACGUGCCCUGCUUCUCCAAUACCAUUGAUGUUCAAAGAAACAACCAACAAGAAUCCAUUGAUAGUUUCAACAAUAAUUAUUUUGCUGUUUCUUCAAAUCCUUCUGAUGUUUUUGCAAGGAUUCCAAUUCAAAACUCAUUCUACUCUGCUCAAAAUAUUCCAAUAUCAGGAAAUUUGCAAUAUCCAAGUUCUGGUUUAAUGCAAGACCACUCGAUUUUAAGGGCCUUAAUUGAAAAUCAAGGGUCUAACUUGAAACAGAUUUUCAAAACAGAAAGGGAUCAAAUGGUUACUGCCUCACAAGAAACAGGGCUUUCUAAUGAUAUGAACACCGAAAUAUCUUCUGUCAUUUCAAACCUUGAAAUGGGUAAGAGGUCAUUUGAUGAUCAAGAAGCUCCUUCUACUUCUGCUUGUCCGGUUGAUCUCGAUUGUCUUUGGAGUUACUGAAACAUAAAAAGAAAAGAAGAAGAAGAAGAAGAAGAAGAGAAUUUUAGAUAAUAUUAUUAUUUUGAAAAAGAAGGUGUGGCUCUGUGUAUAGAUUUAAUUUUUAUUGAUCCAAUGGAAAAAUUAAAAAAAAAAAAAAAUGAAGCAUAUAACUAUUAUUGUUAUUACAAGUAUUGUAAGAAAUUACUACAAGAACAGUUUUUUAACUGUUUUUCAAUCUAAAUUUGUUUAGGGGUGUGAUUUCUAUUGGCAUAAUUAUUGUCAAAUUGCUUGAAUCCAAAA